AUUUCUGAGGGACACAGUUGCUCAAUUUGCAGUGUGAAUUUUUAGAAAAAAAAAAAACGAAAAGACAAAAUGCGUGAACGGGAAAGACAUGAUAGAGACCGGGAUAGGGAAAGAGAACGAGAUAGGGAGAGAGAUCGGGACCGCGACAAAGAACGCGAGCGACGCUACCACUCCAAGUCCCCCGCAAGCCGGACCAGCCGGCAAAGCUCCAAACCCAAAAAGAAGAAGGCUAAGAAAUCUAAAAAGUACUACAGACGUAGUCGGAGCAGCAGCCGCAGCAGCAGCAGCUCGUCGGCACGCAGUCCAAGCAGCUCCCGCAGCCGGCACAGCAAGAGUCGCAGUCGGGACUAUAACAAAUCUCGCUCUGCCUCCCAAAGGACAAACAGAGCCCCUAGCUCGGAGAGCAAUUCGCGUUCAACGCCUGUCAGUGGCAACGUCAAGGGCAUCGAUUUGCUGGAUACCAAAGUGCAAAAGGCCUUGGAAAAGAUAGACGAGGAUACCUUCAAGCCGUCUGCUUUCUUCAGCACCAAAGAUCGUGAGGCCCCAGAGAAGGUUAUCAUAGAUCUGAAAAACGAAACGGUGACUGUGCCGAAGCCGGCGAACCCAGUCCAAACCGAAGAUGUAAUAUUCCAUCCCAACUUCCUUGGCAAUCCGGACCUGAAGACAGAGAAAUGGAUUCGCAAACUUUACGUAUACCGCCAAAAGUACAUCCAGGAAUAGUAGAAUUUACAAACUGUAUUUAAGAAACAUAAAACUUAUGCCUAGAAUAUAUCGCUGCCUGUUCGUCGCGCACGCAGAAA